CAUGUUUAUUUGAAACAAUAGUACGAAGCGAUAUAACAAGGGUCUUCUUUUCUAUAUCUAUACCAACAACUUCGCAGCAAUGGCAGAGAGAAUCAUCCUUCAACUCAACACUCGUUUUCUAUUCUAACACACUCUUUUUUCUCUUCAAAUCAUUCAUCAUGGUUCACUUCACUUCCGUCUUCGCUGGGCUGUCGCUCGUAGCUGGUUCUCUUGCCGCGCCCUCCAAAGAAGGUCUCUUCUCCAAGAUUACCAAGCGGGCUGGUACUCCCAACAGUUCCGGUACUAACAACGGAUUCUACUACUCUUGGUGGAGUGAUGGCGGUGCCGAUGCCACUUACACCAACGGUGAGGGAGGUUCUUACUCCAUGGAGUGGAAGGAUGGCGGCAACGUCGUCGGUGGUAAGGGUUGGUCUCCUGGAAAGGCCCGAACCAUCUCGUACGAGGGAGAGUACAAGCCCAACGGCAACAGCUACCUCUCUGUCUACGGCUGGACCCGAAACCCUCUCGUCGAAUACUACAUCGUCGAGUCCUUCGGUACUUACAACCCCUCCAGCGGUGCUACCAAGAAGGGCACCGUUGAGGCCGAUGGCAGCACCUACGACAUCUUCGAGACCACUCGCACCAACGCCCCUUCAAUCGACGGUACUCAGACCUUCCAGCAGUACUGGUCUGUUCGCCAGCAGCACCGCUCUACUGGCAGCGUCGACACUGGUCUUCAUUUCGAUGCCUGGGAGAAGGCCGGCAUGAAGCUCGGUACUCACGACUACCAGAUCCUCGCUACUGAGGGUUACUUCAGCAGCGGAUCGUCCCACAUGACCGUCUCUGAGGGUGCUUCUUCUGGUGGUGGUGCCGGUGGCUCUACUGGCGGUGAUGCUUCCCAGGGCGGUGAUUCUCAGCAAGGAGGCGAUGUUCAACAGGGUGGCGACGCUUCUCAGGGCGGAAACGGUCAGCAAGGUGGCAAUGGAAACUCUUUCCAGCAACCUGGCAGUGAGAACCAACCCCAGCAGCAAGAGAUUGACACUGGCGCUAACGAGCCCUGCCAAUAAGUCUAAGCACAAACCUUCCAAGCAAGAGCCUGGUGCCAAUUGCGCUUCUAUUUACGGACGAUGUGGUGGCCAGAGCUGGACUGAAGCUACCUGAUGUCAUCGGAGCUGCAAGCGUGCCGGUGGUACUUCCAGAGCUUCAACGACAGGAUCACGGGUGAUUUGGAGUUAGAGUUGAGGAGACCGUAUUCUUUCAUACCCAUUGCUUCUCGCCCUUUAGUAGAGAAGUGGUGGUGUGUAUAUACUUGAUGUAUAAAAUUUCUUGCUUGAAUAUCUCCA